AUGGGCGUUGACGGGCGCUGCCUCCUCAAGGGCUCCGUUGUCGCCUCCUACCUCUUGGCCGUACUUGCCGCAUCGCCCAUCAUGACCAUUUUGGCCCUCAAGGAGGAUCGGCCGACGCCCAAGGCCGUCUACAACUGGCGCGUCUAUGUCUGUGCCGCCACCGCGUCGUUUGCCUCGUGCAUGAUCGGAUAUGACUCGGCCUUUAUCGGCACCACGCUCGCCUUACCCUCCUUCACCGCCGAAUUUAAGUUUGCCCAGUACUCGGCAUCAGAUCUGUCCCUGCUCAAGUCAAACAUUGUGUCCGUCUACCAGGCGGGCGCCUUCUUCGGCAGCUUGGCGGCCUUUGCCUCGAGCUAUUUUUGGGGGCGGCGCAAGUCGCUGCUGCUGUUCGCCGCCAUCUUCAUGGUCGGCGCUGGCAUGAUGCUGGGGGCAACGGGAGAUCGUGGGACGGGACUCAUCAUCGGCGGGCGCGUCCUGGCCGGGUUCGGAGUGGGCGGCUGCUCCAACAUGACGCCCAUUUACAUUUCGGAGCUGUCCCCGCCUGCGGUGCGUGGCCGGCUUGUCGGGCUGUACGAGCUCGGCUGGCAGAUUGGCGGUCUCGUCGGGUUUUGGAUCAACUACGGCGUCAACACCACCAUGGCGCCGAGCCGGUCGCAGUGGCUUAUCCCUUUUGCUGUGCAGCUGAUCCCCGGUGGGCUGCUGCUCGUCGGCGCGCUGCUCAUCCCCGAGUCCCCACGCUGGCUCUUUUCCAAGGGCAAGCGCGAGGAGGCCAUCAAUGGUCUCUGCUGGAUGCGCAACUUGGAUAGAAACGACAUUUACAUGGUGGAAGAGAUCAGCUACAUCGACGACGACUUGGAGCGCUACCGGCGAGAGGUGGGUGCCGGAUUCUGGAAGCCGUUUCUCUCACUCAAGGAGAGGAGGAUCCAGUGGAGAUUUCUGCUCGGCGCCUUGCUUUUCGUCUUCCAAAACGGUUCCGGCAUCAAUGCCAUCAAUUACUACAGCCCCACCGUCUUCCGCAGCAUCGGUGUUCGCGGCACCAACACCAGCUUCAUGACGACGGGCAUAUUCGGAGUCGUAAAGACGGUCCUGACCAUCAUCUGGCUUCUGGUUCUCAUCGACCACGUAGGCCGCCGCAAGCUCCUUAUGAUUGGGGCAGUUGGCGGCUCGCUGUGCAUGUGGUUCAUCGGAGUGUACGUCAAACUUUCCAGCGUCAGUGCCAACCAGAGCAAUAGCGGCGGGCUGUCGUCUGGAGGCAUUGCCGCCAUCUUCUUCUUCUACCUCUGGACGGCGUUUUACACUCCGUCGUGGAACGGCACGCCGUGGGUCAUCAACUCGGAAAUGUUUGACCAGAACACGCGGUCCCUGGGCCAGGCCAAUGCGGCGGCGAACAACUGGUUCUGGAACUUUAUCAUUUCGCGGUUCACGGAGCAAAUGUUUGACGCAUGGGGCUACGGCGUCUACAUGUUCUUCGCGUCGCUCAUGAUCAUCUCGGUCGUCUUCGUCUUCUUCUGCGUCCCGGAGACCAAGUCGUUGCCGCUCGAGGCCAUGGACCGCUUGUUCAAGACGAAGCCGACGUGGCGGGCCAACGAGAUGCUCAUGCAGGAGCUGCAGAUGGAGGAUGCCGACUUUCGCAACAAUGCGCGAGGCGUCGUCGGGUGGGACAAGGAGAAGGCCAGCGGUGCGGAGCAGAUUGAGUCGCGGGACAGCAUGACGGCGGUUACAAAGUAG